UCCAUGGAGAUUAUUUUAGCAUCAAUCAUGGCGACUAUUGUUAAAAAUAGUGUAAACAAAAAGAAUUAUGUAGAAUUAACAUUUUCAUUGUAAUAAAUAGAAUCUAAAUAUUAAUUUUAAUAUGAUUCACGUAACAACUGAAAUAGGAAAGCCUGGACGGCACGAAAGAGAGAAGCGGCACUUCCCUGAAAACCAUAACCAGCCUGGACCACUGGUGCCGAACAAGCCUAGAGGUCGCCGAUACAUUCCACAUAACUCUGGGAAAGAAGAUGAAUGGAGACCCCACAACCUAAACAUCAAUGUUGAAUACACAGAAGUUGGCCCUGAUUGGAGUUCCCGGCUGAAAUACAUUCCUCACCCAGAAAAUCCCCAGUACCCAGCAGCUGAGAUCUGGCCAGACAACUGGAAAAAGAUGAGGGCUUACCCUUUCACAUACUCAAGAUCUAAAGAAGAGUGGCUUCUAGAUCCUGGUCACAAAAGAGUUGGGCUCAGGUGUGUGUUUGAUGGUGUGCAUAAAGCAACUUUGAUAUCUGACAAUGAGAUGUCAGAUUCCAUUUUGUUUGGAAAAGGUCGACAAGAAAAUGUAAUUGACAAGCGCAAUUCUCUAAGUGAAGCCUCACCAGGUGAUAAAAGCUAUCAAGUUCCUGAAUAUUCACCUAGCUUUUAUAAAGCCACAGAAGAUAGUCAUAUACCUAAGUUCAGCAUUGGAAACUCUCCUUAUUCGCCAAUACUUAAAAGAAAAGCAGACACAUUUGUCCCACUUAUACCUUUGCCACAGAUAAAAAAGGAGACUUACAGACAAAAGACAGAGAUAAAGCAGCACCAUGAGGCAGUGGAGGAAGUCAAACAACUAGAGACGUGGCAGCCUGCCAAACCUCUACUGAAACCUGUCAUAAACCCAGCUGAUAUCCCCAAGAAGUAUUAGCAGUUGUUUGUUGUCAUUUCAUUAGGACAGUUACACUAAGGAAUGAUAGAAGAAAGGAAUAUGUCUUUGUUUUAAGAUAUUUUACAAAUGAUUAAACUGAGUUGAAUUUUAUUAAAGAAUCUUUGAUAACUGUUUAGAAAAGGUUUUUAAAAUUUUUAAAUACCCAUUUAUAAUUAAGAAAGAGAAAUUUAAAUCUUAUUGUAAAAAUCAUUGUAUUGUUUUUGCACGAUGUUUAUGCUUUGAUGUACUUUUUUGUUGGUCUAUUUUCAGCUAUGUUUUCAUACAGUAUUUUUAACACUGUCUGUGAUACAUUAUAUAUUUUUAUAAGUAUUUUGUCUCAAUUAUUGUACAUUUAAAGAGAAAUAUCUUCCAAUUUUUAGAAACAAUUUAUCUUUUUUAUUACAUGUCAAAUAUCAUUUUAGAAAAACUUUUUAGUGAACCCUGUUUUUCUAUUUUCCUUCUUUCUGUACCAAUUGGAUCAUUAUUCAUGUUGAAUGUUCAAACUAUAACUUCAUUAAAUGGAUUUUGGAGAUAUUUUAUGUAUCUGCUAAAUAUCAAAUGGAAGUAUUCAAGAUCAUAAGUAUUCAUAUCAGUAUUUUAGCAUUCAUGACCAAAAAGCAUUCUGCAAUUCAUGAAAAUAAAUAUUUGAUUUAGCCAUCUUUUUUAACUUAUAAGAAGAAAGUAUGAACCACAUUAAUUUUUUAAAACUCUUUCAGUAUUAAAUCAAUGUAUUAUUUUAAAAAUUAUAUUUAUAUUUGCUCAAUAUGAAUGUAAAAAUAUUAAAAUCAACUAUUUACAAUGUCAAAUUUUAAAUCAACAAAAAUAAUUGAAAGCUUCUUGUGCCAAAAACAUCUGUUAUUUCCUCUUUACAUUUUGCUGAUUCUUGUUUAAUUUUUCAGUGGCCAGUGUUUUAUUGAGUGCAUAGUUCUAUGUAAACAAAUACAGUGUGCAUGAAUGGACGUUAUUCUUUGUAAAAGUUGUGAAUGGUGCUGUGUUACCAUUGAGUACUUUAAUGGUCAUUUCUCUAUGUUAGCUAUGUUAGUGUGCUUUGAGGUGUGGGUGCUCUAAUUUGUACAAUGUCAUCAUGUAUAUUUAUUUCAUAAAAGUAUUAUUUAAAUAUUAUGAGCUCAGAGUAAUGAAAUAUCCAUUUAAACCCAGGUAAUGAAUUUCUUAGUGAUAAUCAGUAUUUUCGCCAACAUGGUUAAUGAAUUAUGUUUACUGUGAUCCCUGCCAAUCAAGCCAAAACAUCUAUUUUGUAAAUUGUCUUGUGAUACACAUGGUUAAAAAAUCUGGCAUAUCAAAUACAUAAUCAAGCUGGUAAAUUACAUGCUCAGCAUUAAAAUAUCUACAAAUGCUUCAUGACUAAAGGUCUAUCUUCUAAAGUAUUAUCUUUAAAAUAAAAUUAUCUGGUUUAUUGAUUAUUUUUCCAAUAUGGAGUAUAUACAUUUUUAUUUUUGCACUUACAAAUAGCAAUUAGUCUGACAAGAAUUUCACCUUAUUUUUGUGAGCACUUUAAGUAUUAUAAUAUUUUACUUUAUUUUUCUCUUUCUUGUAUUAUAAAAUGUAAGAUUUUUCUUUUAAAAAAUAGGAAAUUAAUCUUAUUCAGAAUAAAUAA